AUUGCGAUAACGGACCAAUCGGUCAAAGUGCGAACAACAUUUCUGCGUCGGCCGGAGCGACCCCUCGGAACAGUGGCAGCAGCACCGCCAGUAGCAAUUCGAUUGCGAACGCCAGCCCAGUGCGCUGGGGGUGGGAGCAACGCCACAACUGCUGCUGCUGGUGGAACGACCCCUGUGACGGCCGAGAACGGUGACGGAAAAGCGGCGGCCCUUACGCCCGGUGCCCCCGGUUCUUCCGGACACAAGGCAGCAUUCGCGGGAACAAGCUGGCACGCGGCGCGUUCGUUCAAGGACGACUUCCUGGAGAAGAUCUCCCAAAUACGGACGCCGACGAACACGAUGACGAGAUCACAUUCGCCCAACAGUCCCAGGAGCGGGAGCGGAAACCGGAGCAGUGGCAAAUCGGGCCAUGGGGACGACCUGCUCGGCAGUACCAAACCGGUACAGGAUCUGGCCUACCACGUGAGACAGGUGAAGAACGCUCUGACGCACUUCAAGGAUGUGAUACUGAAAAACAAGCUGGAGAUGCUGCCGGGCAAUGGGACCGUGGUGCUGGAGUUGAUUGCCAACGUACAUACGGCUCUUCAAUCCUACACACUGAACGAAAACAGUAGCGCGCUGAUAAACGCCACCAACCACGUCUACAUGUCCCUCGGGAAUCUGCUGAAACUCUGUGAUGAAGUGCUGCUGACGGCCGACAACGAGAACUGUCCCUCGCUCAGCAAAGAAAACGUCAAGGAGAUUGUCGAACUGGUGGACAACGCCGUCAACAAUCUGGUCAAUCUGGCCAACGAAAAGAUCUCCGACAAAGCUGCGGGUGGCACCGGUAGCAAUUCUUCCAACACGCUCCAAAGGCCGGCCGUAGAUAUCGCAAGUCAGCGAACGUCCCUUCCGGAUAUCCCGCUCACGCCGCGGGAGCGGGACAUCCUGGAACAGACCUCGCUGAAAACGGUCCGCGCCUCGCACAGCACCGAAAGUAUUCUCCGUGAUUCUAGUCCUCCUCCAAAACCGCCGCUUCCGGAUCGAGGCCAAGAUCCGCCCCCGUUGCCCCCGAAAAGAAAGAGCCAACACUCGAAGAACCACUCGUUCCACGAAACGUCCGACUGCAACUCGGAUUCGACGACCUUCCUGGGAUGUGGCGCGCUGGAUCGGAUGUCCCUGCGGUCACGCUCCCCCGAAGAUAACUCUAGUCUGCUGAGUGCCAGCGCUGGUUCGCUGGACUCGGCUCUCAAUCACUCCCGCGAGGAGGAAGAACUCCGGGCGCUCACCCAGGACAAGUCAUCGUUGCUGGCGGGCCAAAUCGGCGCCAACAGUUCCAGCGUGUGGGACGAGUCGGACUGCUCCGGAAUGCUGCUGCAAAGCGGUGGCGGUCCCAUCCUUACCGACAACUCCGUAGUCAACCUGAACAACCGCAAUUCGAACGAGUCGGGAUUUGAAUCGAUGUACUCGCUUCGCAUCAGCCGAGACCAUCAGCAAUCCAACAGUAGCACUUCCUUCAAAUCGACUGCUUUCGCCUCCAACAAUUCCCAAAUUCACCACAUUCACCAACAGCACCAUCAGCAUCACCAACAACAGCAGCACCAUCAAAAGGUGGAUACCUUCGUGACGCAGGCCAGCGGCGAAAGCGGCGAGCUUGUGUCCACGACCACCACCUCCACGGAGAUCACCAGCAGCACGCGACUGCAAACGGCUAGUCUUUCCAAAACCAUUCACCAGUACGGUAGCAUCGAGGCGAACGAUGAGGUCUUUGGCGGAAGCGAAUCCGGCGGCGGUGAUAAGCCGCCGGCCCUUCCGAUCAAAACCCGCCAGCACAGUAUUAGACGGGAGCGGCAUCCCUCGCAGUACGACAACGUGGACGACGCGGAACUGGAACGGAGCUCGCAGGACACGUUCAACUCCUGCUCGCUGCACCAGAUCGGCGGCAGUUUUCACCACAGCCGGGCCCAGAUGAUCGGGAACCUACCGAGUAAGCACAUAAGCUUGAUCGAACCGCGCCAUAUGAAUCAUUUCAGCGAGGAACCGCCGCCCCUGCCCAUGAAGAAGAAGCACAUGUUUCAAAGUGUGGCCUAUUCAGGUAAGUUGCGCCCGCAGUCAGUCAGUCACGACACGAAAGCUUACAGAGAAAGAGACGUCCAGCCUCUCUUUCUCUCCCUUUCAUUCGUUUCGUUUCGAAACAAUCCUUUACAGUGUGUUUCUCUUGUUGGUGUUUCUUCCUGUUGCUGAUUGCGGAGAUUAAAC